AUGGCUAGCCAAAUCCCCGACCUUGUCCCUGACGGACAAGCACAAGGACAAGGACGAGCAGAUUAUUCAACAUGGAGCACACCCCGUCUCAUCGCCAGAAUCACAGAACUAGAACGACAGCUACAUUCGCAAACGGUCCGGUUUACUUCAUCCCCGCCUACGAACAUCGCAACAGAAACUAUUUCCACUACUUUGCCCUCUCCUCCCCCUGCUGCUCCUGCUGCUCGCCCCGAUUCGAAAACAAUAGAACAACCCCUAAGUAAAGUCUCAAAACCGGCCCGCUCUUCAUCAAACGAGGACAUCACGCAUACCCGCGCCCCAGGCCGCCCCGUCAAGGAAGUCCGAGAGAUCGAUCCAACCAAGUACCACACGCGUUUCAUUGCGCUGAAAUUCGCCUACCUGGGACAGCGGUAUAACGGGUUCGAGCAUGCGAAUGGGAACGCGACUCCUCUUCCAACAAUCGAGGAGGAGUUGUGGAAGGCUCUUCGGAAGACGAGACUUAUUCUCCCCCCUACCACUGGGGCCCCGGGUGAGGACGAUCUUAUCUCAAAUGGGCCAAGGGUUAUGAGGCCUUAUUCUAUUAGCUGGGAGGGAUGUCAGUAUUCUAAGGCUGGGAGGACAGAUCGGGGGGUCAGUGCUUUUGGGCAGGUGAUUGGAAUUCGAGUACGCAGUGCACGGCCGAAGGUGCAAGCUACGAAGAAGCUUGAGGGUGGAGAAGGGUCUACAGAGAAUAUGGAAGUGGAUGAGGAGGAAUCUGUUGGUAAAAACUGGGAUGAUGUCGCGGAUGAAUUACCCUACAUACAAAUGUUGAACAGAGUGCUCCCAGAAGAUAUCCGGAUACUUGCCUGGUGUCCAAAUCCGCCCGCUGAUUUUGAUGCCCGAUUCUCUUGCCGCGAACGUCGAUACAAAUACUUUUUCACCCAGCCUGCAUUUUCUCCUACCCCGGGUGCGUCUGGUUUCGCGCAAGGUCCGAGGAAUACGAAGUCCAGAGAAGGCUGGUUGGAUAUCGAUGCUAUGCGGAAGGCUGCUAAAUACUUCGAAGGAGUGCAUGAUUUCAGGAACUUCUGCAAGGUGGAUACCAGCAAGCAGAUUGAGAACUUCGAGCGGAUAAUCUACCAUGCGGAUAUUGAACUUGUUGAUUCCAAAGUCAACAUGCCAAGCUACGUUGGGAAACCUGGAUUUCAAACAUUUGAGAAUGGCGAUUAUGCAGAGACUCCAGCGCAGGUAUAUUCGUUUACUCUUCAUGGUUCUGCCUUUCUGUGGCACCAGGUUCGGCAUAUGGUUGGCAUUCUAUUUCUAGUCGGGCAGGGACUUGAGUCGCCAUCAAUUGUUCCCGAGUUACUGGAUAUAUCCAAGAGCCCCCGUAGGCCGACUUAUGAGAUGGCCUCGGACGCUCCUCUUGUCCUCUGGGACUGCAUCUUCCCCGACGAGAAGAGCGGUAGCCGCGAGGAUGCCAUGGAGUGGUUAUAUGCUGGUGAUCCUCGAAUGUCAAAAACCCGGAUGGUCAAAAGCGGCGGAAAGUUCGGUCUGGGUGGUGUAGUGGACGAGCUCUGGUCAGUUUGGAGACAGCGCAAGAUGGAUGAAAUUCUUGCUAGUACUUUGUUGGACUUAGCGGUAAGUCAAGGAGACCAAAGCAUAGUGCACCAGGAAACACUGCCGAACGUGGCAAAGCCGAACCGCGGGCAGAGAGUCUUUCUUGGCGGGAAUGAUGGCAAAUUGGGGGGGAAGUAUGUCCCGGUUAUGCAAAAGAGGAAAAUGGAACCGGUGGAGGUCCUCAAUCAAAGAUGGCUCGCCAACAAGCAACGGAGGAAGGACAAGGGGCCCAAUCCCGAGAUAUAG